AUGAUUGAAAGUGAUAUAGAAAAAUUAUCAAUCCCUUCAUCAUCAAAAAAUGAAAGUGAUAAAACCUAUUUAUUAAAAAACCAAAUCUCAAACCUAUAUAAUCAAAAUAAUUUAACUAAUGAAAUUGUAUUAAUUGAAAGAGGUCAAGAUGGUAAAUACUCAACAAUAAUGCCAAAGAAAUUAGAAAAUUUAUUUUCAACUCAAGAGUAUAUUUAUUUAAUAAAUAGAAUUAAUAAUUAUAAAUCCUCUUCUAAAUCAUUUUAUAUUUCAAUGAUAAUUUUUCAAUCAUUAUUAUUUUUAAUUACUGUUUCACUCUCAUUUUACUUCCUUAUAGUUGGUAAUAAGUUAUAUGGUUUAGGUUUUUUCUUAUUAUUUCUGUCUGUCCUUUCUUUAAUAGGAGCCACUGCAACUUAUUUUAAAAAAACAAAUGACGUAAGAAUUUAUAUCGAUGAAAUGCAAGAAUUUUUCAAAACACUUUGUUCAAAUUAUAUUAUUAAAUCAGUUAAAUUCCAUGGUAAAUUUAAAAAGAUUGGAUGUGAAUCAUUGUAUAUUAUUGUUAAUAGUCAUAUAUUUAUUGAAUUUCCAAAAUCUGUCAACGAGAAUAGUCCAGUAUUAAAUCAAAAAGUACCAUUAUAUAGUCAUUAUAACUAUGGAACAUCUGAUCAACAAUACUAUAAUACCAACAACAACAUUUCAAAUAUUAUUCCAUUAAAUAGUUGUUCACAAUCACAAACCAUUGAAAAAGAAAAUCAAAAUGAAUUAUUAUAA